AUGCAAAAAGCUAUAGAAAUGGAAAUCGACACGAAGACCAACAAUAAUAGCUUUGUUGAGCUUGAGCCAAUGGACAUUUCAUUUUGCGAGACAACCACAUCCCGCUCUUCCGAAGACGACGUGUUUGAAACGGAAACUCCUGUUGCAUCAACUUCUAGAGCCGUCACGACGCGUUAUUCUUCUCGGUUGAAGCGAAAAGCGGACAACCCUUCAAGUUCUGCAAUCUCCUCACGUUCCAAAGCAAAGAAGUCAAAAGCUGCUAAAAAGAAAAUUAAGGAAACGAAACGAUACGAGAUAGAUCCAAAAGAAGUCCCAGAAACAGUCGAAUUCGAGUUAAUCGGUGAAGAUUUAGUUGGAAAUGAUGAAAUACUCGAAAAUUCCGAAGAUCCAUUAACGAGUAACGCUAAUCCAGAAAGAAAUGAAUCAUUGCCCUGUCGUUACCUCGACGAUUUUAUCUUUUAUGAUGUACGGAAUAACAAUGAAAUAGUCAAUUUAGACGCAUAUGACAAUUUAGAAUGUGAACUUCGCGCAUCUGGCUUGAUUGAGUACAGUCAGUCUGGUCAAAGUGAAAUAUGGCUCCGUACAGAGUUCUCUUGGUAUAAAUUAGUAAAUCCUUCAGAUGCCUAUAAAUCUUGUUUUACUCCCUUGUUUAAAAAAAUUCGACUUGUAAAUCUUAUUAUUCAAGCGAUGGCGGCAAGUCCUGAUGUUACUUAUGAAGGAUUCCUAAAUUCAUUAAAAUCACCACCCUCGAGUAGCUCGAAUGACAACAAUGAAUUUGAAUCAAGCAUAACCUUUAAUGCGAAUGACAUCACUUCAGAAAUAUUCUAUAUUUGUGAAGAGAUUAGUGCGUGGCUGGGAGAGCUCGAAACGCAAGAAGAAGAAAAUUGGAAAAUAUUUGACUGCCCACUAUUCAUAUAUUUGCAAAAAAUAUUAGAAAAGAAACCGGGUUCAAAAAAAUCACGACACAGUACUGCAGAUACUGACAUGCGUAGAACAAAACGAAAUGUCAGCUUAAAGAACUCAAAUUUAGCUGUACUUCGACAUACGAAUCCAACAUGUGUCACUCCAUUUAUACAAGAUCUUACAAAAGGACUAUUUGUUCGCAAACUUAUAACUGCCCCGCAAAUAAACGGAGUAGCCGACAAUCAACUGGAAGAUAUAUCGGAUCAUGAUCAUUUGAUUAACAUUGAAAAAGAAACAACCGACAAGAUUGAUUGGAUCGAAAAAAUCGGAGUUGAAUAUGGAAUUACCUACUACAGUUCUGUUAGAAUCGACGGUGAGAUAAUAAGUGUAGGCGAUAUUGUAUAUGUUCGUAAUGACGAAUCAAACGAACCAUGGUUCGCCAAAGUGAUUUAUUUGUUUAAUGAUCCGGAAGAAGGCAAAAUGUUCCAUUCGCGUUUCUUUAGUCGUGGAAAAGAAACAAUCUUAAAAGAAUUGGCUGGUGCUCGUGAACUGUUUUUGUUGGAUCAAUGUGCCGAUAAUCCAUUGGCGUCAAUUAUGAAGAAAGCAAAUGUUAAACGAGUCGAUACCUUGGAAACUUUAUCCAAGGAAGAGAGAGACAAUUUGGAGGAGAAAAACGAAAGCAAUGAUAGUUAUUAUUAUCGAUUUUGGUAUGACGAAGAAAGGCCUUCUUUUAUUGAUGCAAAAUUAAAAGAGCCUACGAAUGACAUUAAGAAUCUCCUUGAUUAUUGUUACGCUUGCGAGCAUCACUUGGCAAAGAAAUUGGAUAAAAAGGCACGGUGGGUCUCUCCUGGGGACACAACACGUGGCAUUAUAUAUAAAGGUGUAGAAUAUCAUUUACAUGAUUUCGUUUAUUUGAUUCCCGAUGAGUCACAUCAAGUAUCUCCAUAUGAGGUAGCCCAAAUAAUCGAAAUUUUUGACAAUGAUGCAACGUCGUCGGAUAUAGAGAGCUACUUUAAAAAGAAGAAAAUAAAUAAACGACAUGAAAAAGAUGAUGAUGAUGAUCGCACUGGAAAUAUCAAAUUGACUGUACGUUAUCUUGUGCGUUAUGAUGAUCUUCUUGAAUCAAAAUAUUCAAAGAAAAGUUCGACCAAUGGAGCAAGUUCGGCAACAAGUUCAACGAAUGCAGCAAUCUACGAGAUGAAAGAGAUUAAAGAUACGAGAAGAUUAGUAUUUACAUCAGAAAAAACAUUAUUAUCGAUCGAUAAACUUGAAGGUACAUGUUGGGUGGAACACUCUGACGCUAUCAAUGAUCUUAAUACUUACAAGGACGAAAGGGAUACAUUCUACGUCAAGGAUCAAAUGUCCAAACCCGGCCGCGAACAUUUAGAUUUACAAGAAAUUGACAAACAUGAGAUACAUCUCUGCCAAAUAUGCCUUGAAACACGCAAAAAUCAUAAAAUGGAAUUAGCUGAAUUUAUGCAAUUUAUCCAGGACGGGCAUAAAUUGCGUGCUAUGGAUAUAUUCUCUGGUUGCGGAGGUAUAACGGUUGGGAUGGAAAAAACUGGCGUAGUUGAUACGCGUUGGGCAAUUGAAUUUGCACCGAGUGCAGCAUUAACUUUCAAAAAAAAUCAUCCACAAGCCACUACGUACAACCAAUGUGCGAAUUUGUUGUUAGAAAGAGCAAUAGCUCAACACAAUCAAGAGGAAUUAGGUGACCUCGAAGAUUUCCAGGGUAAACUAGUAGAAGCAAUGCCUGCUAAAGGUGAAGUCCAAUUCAUUUACUGUGGGCCUCCAUGUCAAGGGUUCAGUGGUGUGAAUCGGUAUAAGAAAGCGGACGAUAUCAAAAAUUCGUUAGUGGCAACGGCCCUCAGUUAUGUCGACUUCUAUAGGCCAGACUAUUUCUUACUUGAGAAUGUAAGGGGUAUGAUAGCUUUUAGAUUGGGCGGCGAACAAGAUGGAAAAACGAGAAUAAAAGGAGGAAUAUCAAUGGGAGUUGUGAAAUUCAUUUUAAGAGCUUUGACCGCAUUGGGCUAUCAAGCAAGAUUUGGUGUACAACAAGCAGGAAAUCACGAAGUUCCACAAAGUCGACGACGACUAUUCAUUUGGGGAACGAAAAUCGGUCACAAUAUACCGGACUUUCCACAGCCGUCAACUUGCUUCGCUCAACGAGGAUCUGUCUCGAUUCCGCUACCAGAUGGUGGCAGUUUUCAUUACAAUUUGCGCACGAAUGGAUUUGCGCCGCAUCGUGGAAUCACUGUUGGUGAAGCAAUCAACGAUCUUCCAGAGUUUGAAUACGUUAAUCCACACGAAGUAUAUCCAGCGACCGAAGAGGAAAGGCAAGAGCAACCAAAAUGGAAGCAACUUAUAGUUCCAAAAGGUGGUUGUGUCGGCGAAGCUGAACGUGAAUAUGAAUCAGAGCCACUGUCAGAGUUUCAAAGACAGUGUCGUAAGGAGGCCAAGAAAUUAUAUAAUCACGUGACCAGAACUUUUCUAUCUCUUAACGUUGAACGCAUUUAUAGAGUUCCUUUAAUAGCCGGUGCCGACCAUCAUGAUUUGCCACAGAGACUAAAACCGUGGUGUUUGAGUGAUCCUAAUUCAGCUGCAAGUCGACACAAUGGUUGGAAGGGUUUAUUCGGAAGACUUGACUUUAAUGGUCACUUUGCUACGGCAUUGACUGACGUAAAUCCUAUGGGAAAAACUGGGACGGUAUUACAUCCAAAUCAACGACGCAUUCUCACUGUACGUGAAUGUGCACGUGCUCAAGGAUUUCCCGAUGACUUCAUAUUUUACAGUGAUCGUGGUGAUAUGAAAGAUCUUCAUCGUCAAAUCGGAAACGCGGUUCCACCACCACUGGCGUUCGCUUUAGGAGAAUUUCUGAAUCUUUGGAGACAAUCAACAGACACAGUUCACGCAAAAGGCCAAGAUCUGCUACGCCAGAGUCAGUCAGAGCAUCAACGAGACGACCUUGAACGACAGAUCGCCAAUCUCCGACAACACUACCCAGAAUAUGAAAUUGUCAGCGAUAUCGGCUCAGGACUCAACUGGAAACGCAAGGGAUUUGUUGCCCUUCUGGAACGAAUACACGCAGGAGGAAUCGAGGAAGUGGUGGUUACCCGAAAGGUUGAUUUGUGGAAUGAAUCUUUGAGAAGAAUGGUGGUACUCGGUACAGAUGUUAGUGCCGAGAGUAAUGAAGCCGGAGAACUUGCAGAAGAUUUGCUCUCGAUCGUUACGGUAUUUGUGGCAAGACAUAACGGAAUACGUUCAGCCGCCAACCGCAAAAGAAGACGAGAAGUUACCCAAGCCCAAGAAGAUCAAGAGUUCCAAGAUCCCAGCAGGCAAGACACAACGUAUCCGUCUCUUUCCUACACAAGAAGAGCGGUCGAAACUCAGACAAUGGAUAGGGACAGCACGCUGGACGUACAAUCAAUGCCUUAUCGCG